CUAAGGUUUAUACUUGGGCCUUAGGUGGGAUCUUGUUGUGAUAUUGGGGACGAGUCAAGUUUUUGGCGCCGUAUCCGGGGAACUUCUGUCCGUUAUCUUGAAAAGGUUGUUUGGUGUUAAUCUAGCUUUUAGUUUUUUAGCUUUGAUUGUGUAAGUGUUUUGCUUGUGCUAGACGUGGUGUUGUUCUCUAAGUGUGUGUAGGGAGGUGCAUGACCCGGAGCAAUUCGGCGCCUUUGGUACCACUUGACGAGAACAUCAAUAGGACUCUCCAACUCCUAGCUCGGAAGAGGGAGUUAGCGGAAGCAAGGAGGAGAAGUGAAGAAAGGGGACAACAAUUUUGUCACGGAGUUAGUGGAGUAGAAGUUGAAGGAGUUGAAGGUGAAUUUGAUAUUGGAGUUGAGAUGGCGAAGAACCAACAAGGAGGGGGAGCCGCCCAAUCUCACAACCAAAAUGAUGAGGCGGCAGAGGAGGAAGCCCCAAGGACAAUGUGUUAUUACAUGGCCCCAUGGCUGGAGGACAUUCAAUCACCUAUCUUACAUCCACUCGUGGCGGCCAACAACUUUGAAAUCAAGCCGACCCUCGUGACUAUGAUUCAAAACAAUGUUUUGUUUCAUGGGCGCAAAAGCGAAUCACCAAGGGAGCAUGUGCAAAGGUUUCUUGAGCUCGCAAGGAGUUUGAAGAUAAAUGGCGUGUCGGCAGAAGGUUUGCAAUUAAGGCUUUUCCCCUACUCCCUUUCGGGGAAGGCACUUCGAUGGCUCAACAACCGGCUGCCUCGCUCAAUCACCUCGUGGGAUGAUCUUAUCAACAAAUUCAGGACCCACUAUUGCCCUCCUUCGAAGACGGCCGAGUGGAGAAACAAAAUCACCCAUUCGAGCAAGACGAAGAUGAGACCUUGAGAGAUGCUUGGGAAAGAUUCUCCAAUUAUUUCCUUCAAUGCCCUCACCAUGGAUUCGAUGAGCAAUUUUGGAAAGACCUUUCUAUGGUGGUCUUAUACAUGAAGAUAAGAUCCUCAUUGACUCUCUUUGCCAAGGGAGGUUGUUGAACAUGACUCCACCUCAAGUCACCCAGUUGCUCGAAGAUAUGAAUCUUAAAGGAUACGAUUGGGGCUUGACGAGAAGUGGGAAGAGAAGCAAAGAAAGAGGAGUGCGAAGU